CUCCUGUCCAGGUCUCGCCCAGUCCCAACGUCACCAUGACCGCCGACAACGCCCGUAAGCUCAAGGUUGCGCUCUUCGGCGUAGGCCGUCUCGGCUCCAUCCGUGCGCGCAUCCUACUGGCCUCGCCACGCAUUGAUCUUGUCGCAGUUUGCGACCCCAAGCCCGGCGCCGAUGCCUGGGUGGCUGGCAACAUGCCGGCGCGUAUCCGAUUCUUCGCGGAUCCGGAGGACUGUCUUCUGCACUCUGGCGCAGAAGCAGUUCUGAUCUCAACCGCGACCGCCACGCACGCCCCCCUUGUCCUCCGAGCCCUCGACCUCGAUCUCCACGUCAUGGUGGAAAAGCCGAUCGCAGUCGACAUCGAGACUACCCGCACCGUGGUCGAGGCCGCCCGCAAGAAGCCUCACCUCAAGCUCCUUGUGCCCUUCUGCCGCCGCUUCGACGAAAGCUAUCGACACGUCAAGCGUAUGGUGGAUGCGGGUGAGCUGGGUGAGGUUCACGCCGUCGAGACGUCAUGUCUGGACCAGCAGGAUCCAAGCGGGUUCUUUGUCGCGUUCUCCGCCCAGUCGGGUGGCAUUUUUGUCGACAUGGGCAUUCACGACAUCGAUAUUGCCCGCUUCUACCUUCAGCCGACAAUCGGCUGCCCCAACCCAAGAAAGCAGGUGAAUCGCGUAUUCGCUGUGGGCCAAACCGCCGUGUAUGGUGCUCUCAACGAGUUCCAAGACGCGGACAACGGCUUCGCUAUUGUUGAGUUUGCCAAUGGCAAAAUCCUCACGUUCCACAUCGGACGCACCCUCACCAACGGCUUUGAAAGCGCCACACGUGUGUUUGGAACCAAAGGUAGCGCAAUUGUCAACGGCAACUCCACCAUCGACCGCGUAGAGGUGCGCGACGUGCACGGCGUGCGGACCGCCACGACGCCUGAUGCGUUCGUGCUGUACGACAAGAGCUUCCUGAAUGACGUGGCAGAGUUUGCUGAGUGUGUACUUGAUGACAAGGCGCUCUCCCUUGACGCCGACGAUGCGUAUGAGGCGGCCAAGAUUGCAGCUGCGCUCCAGUACUCGUUCCGCAAGCGCGUACCCGUCCUCUUUAACGAGGAGGGACUGCCAGUUAUGGAGUAAUUAUGUACUGUUUUGGCGAGC